AUGGAGCGACCACUGUCUGUGCUUGUAGCUCUUGUCCUGGUGUCAUUCUGCAAAGGUUGGGACGAAUUUUGUCGUGGCAAACCUUGUCCCGAGUACCAAUUGGUUCAAAAAAACCAGGAUUACGAGGAGCGUCUAUAUGUUGCCACAAGCUGGAUUACCACCACAAUCAAGAAUAACAGCUCAGGAGCUGUUCUGGCUGCAAACUCGAGGCUGAAAAAUUACUGCAAGAAACAUAAUACAGGCCGAGAUGUUCAGAUCCCUGUAGACACCUGGCCUGCACUGAUCACCAUUAAUCAGGAGGGUUCCCUGUCCUGGUUUAUUCCUCCUGGUGCCAUGCCUGAGAUCACUGAUGAAUCCAUCAAACUGGAAACAAGACCCCAGGCCACUGUCUACGUCAGGGUGUUUAAAGGAUUUCCAGACCUUAAGAUGGGUGAAGAUAAUGCAAAGAAGCUGCGUGAUGCCUUGACCAAAGCCGAGAAAACAUAUGAUUUUCCUGCUUUCUCUGGGGCUGGCUAUGAUCCAUACUUCUCGAUUGAUCACCACAAUGAGGUCUGGAUCUAUGCUGUCUGA